GUCUGGGAAGGAAGGAAGGAUGGCGAUGGCAACGUUUCGCCCUUGGCUCCGGCCGCUGGCGCUUUGGGGGCGCAAAGCCUCUUCCCUACGUUGCACCUGCUGUUGCCAUCCUGCGCGGUCCUUGACUACAGAGCCCAGGGGCGAGAGGCCGCGGGGCGGCCCCACCAGACCUGGGUAGCCUGUAACUUGGAAGACUCUGGCAAUCACCUGUGCGGUUGGAGGAGGAUUGCUAGCAACAAUGAAGUUCUUCAAGAAACAGAAAGAAGAAAUGUUGGAGAAGGAGAGGAACAAAUCUCUUGGAAAGCCGUUGUUGGGAGGCCAUUUCUCACUUACUGAUCACCAGGGACAGCCCAAAUCAGAUCGUGAUUAUCUCGGCCAAUGGGUGUUGAUCUACUUUGGUUUUACACACUGCCCUGACAUUUGCCCAGAAGAACUGGAGAAAAUGAUUCUAGCAGUAGAUGAAAUUGAUGAGAUCCGGUCUCUGCCCAACAUCACUCCACUAUUCAUCACCAUUGAUCCAGAAAGAGACAGCAAAGAAGCCAUUGCAAAAUAUGUUAAAGAGUUUUCACCCAAGCUCAUUGGAUUGACGGGUACGAAAGAGCAGAUUGAUCAAGUGGCUCGAGCCUAUCGUGUCUAUUACAGCUCUGGACCCAAAGAUGAAGAUAAUGAUUACAUAGUGGAUCACACCAUCAUAAUGUACCUCGUUGGUCCAGAUGGGGAAUUUGUUGAUUAUUAUGGCCAAAACAAGAAGAAUUCUGAGAUCGCGGCAUCAAUUGCUGGGCACAUGAGAAAAUAUAAACGAAGCUAAGGGACAGAACGUUUAUGACUAUGAAGGCAAGCUAGCUGCUAAUCAGACUGGCCUCCACAUUACUACUAAAAUGCAGCCAGUACUAUGCCAUGAAGAUCAGAUUAGUUGUAUGAAGCGUUGUGCAAGCAGUCCACCUUGGCACCUUACUUAUGUGCUUGAACUUGCAGCUAAAGCUGUAGCUACAGGCUAAGACUCUAAAUGGGGUCAACAAGGACCUGAAUGUCAUUCAAUGAUAGUACUUGACUAAGCACUUUUCGCUGAAUGUGCCUCAACUCUGCAUUUGUUGGUUAAAGGCCUUUGAACACAACACUGAGGUUAUGUCCCACUGAAAAGGUCAUAACUUUUGAAUGUCUGUCACAGGAGUCUUAAAAUCUUUCCCUCCCUUGUAGUGUCUUCUUUCCACGCAUAAGAGACACAUGUAGAGAGAGAUGCUAACCUGAACAGAACUGAAGGUACCAUUCAUGGGACUAGUCUUGCCUGGCAUCUUGAGUGUCAUUUUAUUAGAAUCCAUGACUGUAGCAUCACUUCCAAGCUAAUAGACAUUGCCCUCUUGGCUUUUCAAAAUGGCUAAUCUAGGUUAGGACAGCCUACCCCAACUUGGUACCUUCCAGAUCAACCCCAGCAAACAGGGCCAAUGGUCAGGAAUGCUGGGAGUUGAAGCCCAAAACAUCUGGAGGGGACCAAGUUGGGGAAAGCUAUCUUUGGACUUGACGUGGCGGGUGGUGGUGGUAACUUUAAGUCUUUUAUAAUAGUGGGAUUAUUAAUCAGGUAAAAUUACACUUGGGGCACAGACAGUGAAAUAAAGUGAAAGAAACCUAGAACCUCUUGUCUCAUGAAAUCUCCCAUCAAUUAAAGUGUUUUUUCUCUCUUAAAA